GCUUGCAGCCUGGGCGUCGCUGGCGUUGCUGCGUUGCUCAGUAGGAACUAAACACCACGCACAACAUUCACAGCACAAGUAGAGCCGUAGGCGUCUCUUCUUUAAAGGAAAACUCAAUUUAAAGUGUGAAAAAAUGCACUCGGCCGCCCUGGACAGCAGCGGUUCUCCGAGGAAGAGGACUGUUUCUCGAGGAAUAAGCGAGGAUGAGUCUCUGCGCAGCAUCAUAAAGGAGACCGAGAGCUCCUCCAGACGGCUGCCCCGGAGCGACAGCAGAACAGGGACUCUGAGGAAGAGGACUGACAGCCAGCAGUCUGAACAGGACCUCUUCAUGGGACUACCAGAAAUGUUGGAGCUGCAGGCCAGCUAUGACGAGGCGGUGCAAGAGCUGCGUGGGCUGGAGGUCGAGCGAGAGACUCUGUUGUUUCAGGUGGACGUCCUGCAGGACACUUUGGAGAGCGUAGAGGAGCUGCUGGCUGAAGCCCAGAGGGAAGCUGGACAGGCGAAUUUGGAGCUGGAACGAGAGAGAGAGGAGAAGAGGAAACUGGAAGGCCUAGUUCACUCUCUGAUGAAGGAGGUGGAGAGAUUAAAAGAGGAACCAACUGCUACAAUGAGCAUGACGGACGAAGCAACAACUGAGACUUCCCAAACAGAUGAGCAGAAAGCAGAAAAUAACUCCCUGCUGUGUGAACCUUGUAGCACCAAACUUGACCAUGGGGGGCUGGCAUUUCCAGAGAGAGGGGGAACAGACAAAGAAUCAGAAGAUGUGAGAGGUGGCCUUACAAAGACGCGAGGAAUGAUCAAUCAUCUCAUGAGCCAGCUGCCUUCUCUAGCACUGGACAACGUUGUCUCCACCGAUGGAGUUCUUCAGAGGCCUUAUGAACACCACAAGGAGGACGGGCGGGAUCCUUCUCCUGACAGAAACGACUCCGACAAAAGUGCCUAUGAGGACGCAUCUGCCGAGACCCCAGAGCAGGACCGGACCUUUCCAGGUGAUGGAGACCUGCCUGAUGAUUCGGAGGGUAAAGAAAAAGGCCCCGCCAAUCCGGACGCCUGUGUUUUGUCUUAAAUAUAACAGAGUUUAAAGGUGAAACAUUUUUUAUGUUUGGUAAAAUUCAAGAGCUUUUUAAUUGUCCUUAUUAUUGUUAUUAUAGAAAACUUCAAUCUGAGCUGCAGUCAUUUGAUUUAUAAAUCAAAAACAUUUAUCUGCAGCGUUUUACACUGAAAGUUUACUGUUUUCAGUUGCCCUUUAAGCUAAAUUGCCAAACAUAUCCUGGCUUCAUAAAAAAGGCAAGAAUUAGCUUUUUCUUCGUCGCAGGUGAAGUCAGUUCACUUGGUUGAAGCCUUCAUGAUAUGGACUGAACGGAUGCUAAAGACACCUUUCUACGGUGUUAUUUACUAUAUUUUAACCAAAUCACUGUAGUACAUAUUCACUACCAAACAGCUCAGGUUUAUAUCUAAACUCACAGACUUCUUUUAUGUUAGUUGCCAAACAUUAUAUUGAAGUUUGCCUUUACUGUUUUAUACAUGGAUGUAUAGGGAUAAUUGCUAGUUUAUAUGCUAUCAGGAUUUAUCUGUAUCUAAAACACGGUAAACUCUAUAGGAAUCCAGACAUGGACCGUUGCUGUUUUGGGUCAGUUUUAAUGUUUCUUUUCAAAAUAGACAAAUUAUUUUUACUUGAAUCAGGUUUAUGUCAUAUUGUGACGUUUAUCUUUGCAUGGUAUCAUAAGAUACUUGGAAUAUUAAUAAUAGGGAUUCUUUAAUUAUGAUUAAACCCCAUUCAAAUGUACUCUUCAGUCUUAAAAUCGUUUUUUAUACACUCCCUUUGAUAUGUUUUGCCCUGGAGGUUUUUAAAAAAUGCGGUUGCAUUUGCACUUUUUUAAUGUCAGUAGUUUGUCAGACUAUAAUAGCAACAACAUUCCUCUCUCAACCAAACACUUCAGUUUGAACUAAUCAUCUGAAAUGCAGCGGGCUAAAUACUGUCUGCCUACAUAGUGAUAUGGUAGGUUUGCACUGUUUUUGUGGAACUUGCUGAAAUGUCUCUUUGGACGUCUUUUAUUGCUGGACGCAUUUUCUAUGUUGUCACAUUUCUCCUCAAUACUUAAGGCAACAAUAAACCAAGUUUGUGUCUUUUGUCAUGCAUAAUCACAAACAUACUUAAUGUUUUACAAACUGCAAAUGAAAAGAUUCGUCAUUCUUUGUACUUUUGCACAAAGUAAUUCAACACAUAUAAUAUCAAAUACCUUUUCAUGUCAUUUAGUGCAUAAUUUGGUUUAUGUUUCAUGUUUUUUUUUUUCCAGAAAAGAGACAAUUGAUGAAAGUUUAAAACAUAUGCUAGAUUAAUAUACAUUAAUCUUGAAGAAUGCGCCUAUUAAAACAAUACUAAUGAAUUUCUGGACGCUUGGAUAUAUAAAGUGGAUUUUCAGCUGCAUUUAGCAUCAUAUAGUCAUGUUGUUUUCAAGCAGCAUGAAAGUGUUUGCCUUUGCUUAUCAUACAUUCUUCACGCAAAUGCUGGUUAACACACUAAUACUUGACUCUUUAUUGUACUUGUUGCCAAGAUAUACAAGAUAUCAACUAGCUCUAAUGCCUUGAUGGUGUUUUUCCUCCUUAAAAUGACUGUAGUGCUGUCUUGUCCAACUGUCAUCAGUUUAGAAACAAUCUGGUCGUAUCAAAUGAAUCAGAAAACAAACAAGUCUCUGUUUUUGGACAUUAUUUAUGAGGUCAAAUGGAUAUUAUUUCUUAUCCAACAGAAAUGUAUCCUUUAAAUGUUGCCAGCGCUGGUCAGCAGACUUUUUUUGUAAAAUUUUUUACAAAUGCUCAUUGGAUUUGUUUGAUUUCCAUACAAUGCAAAAAAAAGUCCUGUAUCUGGAUGCCUUUUGUGGGUCUUGAUAUGUUUUGUCAUUUUCUGAGCUUUUAAAUGUUUUGCUGUAAAAAAUAAAGAAUGAGUUAUUUGAAAAUAAAUUGACAUUGACAUGC